AUGACCACGGAAGCCGAUGAAAAGACACUUCGAUAUAGAAGGGCUCAAAGUGUAACUAGGGCCGAAGAAAUAACAGCAAAAGAAAACAAGGCCCGUAAACUGCAAGUUGAUAAACCCAUUCAUAAACCAAGAGAUUCUUUAUUUUCAUGGAGUUCAGAGUUUACCAACUUUACCGGUCUAGUCAAUUGGGGCUUUUUGAUGCUUACUAUUGGAGGACUACGGUUAUGUCUAGAAAACUUUUUGAAAUAUGGAAUCCUUGUCAAUCCUAUUGAAUGGAUAAUUGUGUUAACUGGUUACAAUGAGGGCCGUAGUCAACAGUAUCCAUCUGUAGUAUUAUUAAUAUUCAGUGUCGUUCCAGCUGUCAUUGGUUUGAUUAUCGAAAAAGCUAUUGCAGUUGGUAUAUUAAAUCAAAAAGUAGGAAUGACUAUGCAAAUUUCAAAUAUAAUUUUUGUUAUCACUUUACCAGUAGCUGUAUUACAUUUUAAAAGUCAAGAUUUUAGUUUUGUGGGAAUUACAACAGUCUGUAUGAUUUACUUGAUCUUAUUUUUAAAAUUAUGGAGUUAUUGCCAUACAAAUUACUGGUGUAGAACUAGCUUUAAAGCAAAGCUUUCAAACAAUAAACUGAGACGCCAGAGUGUUUCUGCUCCUAAUUACAAUGAACUCAUGAAUGCUGAACAUGAGCAGAGCUUGGAAGAUGAACAAAAUCAUGAGUUGGCGGCCGCUGGGUUGGUUCAGUAUCCUGAUAAUUUAAACCUCAAAGAUUUGUUAUAUUUCCUAUUGGCUCCCACACUGUGCUAUGAACUUAAUUUUCCACGCACUACACGAAUUAGAAAAAGGUUUCUCAUCAAAAGAAUAAUAGAGGUUGUUUUUGGGUUUAAUCUAGUUUUGGCCCUUUUCCAACAAUGGAUGAUCCCUUCUGUUACAAAUGCUGUCGGCCCAUUUUCGGAGAUGAACAUGGUUAAGAUUGCGGAGCGCUUACUGAAACUUGCUGUACCAAACCAUUUCAUUUGGCUAUGCUUCUUCUACUUGAGCUUCCAUUCAUUCUUAAACCUAAUGGGUGAACUGCUGCACUUUGCCGACCGCAACUUCUACAACGACUGGUGGAAUGCAAACAAUAUCGCUGUAUUUUGGAGCUCAUGGAACAGACCAGUGCACAUGUGGGCUGUGAGACACGUGUAUAUACCUAUAACAGAAAAGGGAUACGGAAAGUCCAACGCUAGUAUCGUCGUGUUCUUCAUUUCGGCCUUCUUCCACGAAUAUUUGGUAAGUGUACCUUUACAAAUGUUCCGUAUCUGGGCAUUCCUGGGCAUGAUGGCCCAACCGCCACUGUCUGUGAUCUCCCGUCUCGCCGAAGUGAAACUCGGGCCCCGCUGGGGCAACAUCAUCGUGUGGAGCUCUUUGAUCCUCGGCCAACCUCUCGCCAUUAUGAUGUACUAUCACGAUUACGCACUCGCACAUUUAACUUCAAAAGCU